UUUAUUUUUUACGCGUCAAAUAAUCCACUUAUUUGGUAUUUUCUUAUUUAGUAAAGACCGAGUUAGUGGCCCAAGUUGUGGUCACCUCUUUCUGCAUCACUUACAAGCUAAUCAUACAUCCUUAGUGUGAUUCAACCCAGCAUCCAAUGCAGUGGUGAUGAACAGUCAGACACGUAGGCCCUUCAGCAUGACAAACCUGGAGAAGUGAGAAAUAGCAACAUAUCAUUGCUUAAGGUCUCCUUUAGCCUGGCUGUAGGGGCAUCCUAAUUCCAACAUGGAUGGUGAAGACAAAGGUGCAGUUUCAACUGACAAACUGUCCAUUCUGAUCGAUGUUAUUCAUGUCCAGCAAUCUUUUACAUGGGAUUGCGGCUUGGCAUGCGCCAAGAUGGUUGUCGGGACAUACUCUCUUGACCCAGAUUCUGUGAGCAAAGUUUGCAGCAAAUUUGACAUCAGAGAAAGCGUAUGGACGAUUGAUCUCGCAUUCAUCCUGAAGGAGUAUGGGUUAAAGUUGGCCAUGUUUACUGUCACUCUUGGCGUGGAUCAAACUUAUGCAAAUGAGUCCUUCUAUACCUCUAACUUCAACAGCGAUGAAGGCAGGGUCACACGACUAUUUUCGGAGGCAGCUGACAAAGGUGUCCAUGUUGAAAAAAGGUCGAUGUCUAUAGAUGAAAUCAUCUCGCACCUGAUGACGUCAGGUCUCGUGAUAGUCCUCAUCGAUUGGACUCAUCUCUCUUGUAUCAAGUGUAAAGAAAAGUGGGGUAUAUUGUCGCCACUCUCAGUGUUCACAUCGUGUCUAAAAUCAUCAUAUCAAGGCCACUAUAUUACAUUGUGUGGGUGUGACCAAGAAGAAGGCAUCAUUUACUAUAGGAAUCCAUCAUACUCCAAUAUCCUGUGUCACUGCAGCUAUGAAACUCUCGAUAAGGCCCGCCAACAGUACGGCACUGACGAGGAUAUCAUAUUCAUACACCCGCCUACCAGUUCAUGACAUCACAACAAACUCUAGUGCUUUUCCUUUAGAACUGCAAACAUUUGUGCUGAAUAACUGUUCUCAUUUCUACGUCGACAUCAUCCCGACUCUCAUGUGUUUGCGUCACCACCAUUAAGCAAGGAAAUGAGCAAUCUCAAAAAUCUUUGACAUGGAUGCCUAGUUGGAACGCUGUUCUAGUUUUGAUAUGUGAUUAGGACUGAAAAUAUGUUGUUUUUUGAGACCCUUUUGCUGUGGAUGUUGGCCUGCAAACAUCCCGUUCACAUUAGUUUACACAAUGGCGAUUACUUGAUCUGAAGGGGAUCUUUUAAUAUUCAAGUGUUUUAUCUACAGUGUAAUAUUUGGGCCAAACUUAUAAUUCCUGAGUGCAAAUGGCAUGUUGAGAGAGGCUGCCGCCGAAUGCUGGUGAAUUGAAAUACAAGUAGGGCAUGGCAUGCUAUACACAUCAUGACAAGGAGACUGACAUGACGUACUAUGCAUGUCGCCUGCAACAAAAGGGUUACAAAGUCCAUGACACAACGUGAUGUGCACACUGCUGAUCCAGUCGAGCUUCUGCAAGUUUCUGCAAUGCCAUUUUGUUGACUGUUCCAUCUGAUGGAUGUUUUUGGAUUCUGUGAAGAUGAGACUUUCGAAAAUGUUAUAUUUUCUUGAUUUCUGCUGAAAAUCAAAAGUGUAACAUCACUUUUGAGAAUUGUUGUUAAAGAUGCUUUGCUUGAUUAGCAACUACAAUGUAAUCUAAAGAGAUUUUAAAGUAUUUUGAUUGUAUUAGUAGGUCAUAUAAUUUUCUCAUGCUGUUUUAAAACUGUCUGAAAGCUAUUAGAGUUAAGUAAAACAUCAAAUAAGGUGACGGUAGUAAUUAUUUGCUUGUUAAGUAACAAAUAUUUAAAGGGAAAAAACUUGAUCUCAUGCUGUUUUAAAACUGUCUGAAAGCUAUUAGAGUUAAGUAAAACAUCAAAUAAGGUGACGGUAGUAAUUAUUUGCUUGUUAAGUAACAAAUAUUUAAAAGGAAAAAACUUGAACCAAUAUCAUUAGUUUUUUGUAUCAUACGCUGUGAUAUACUGUGCAAUAAAGUUAAAAUUCAUUAUGA